AUGACGGUCCAGGACACAAAGCAGAACAAGAACCUGUUCUCGAAGAUCAAGCAGUCGCUCCUGGCCAGCCACAAGCACAGCCGCUCGUUUUCGGCGUUAGAUUCGCUCCAGGCCAGCCGUCAGCACCCCCCGAAUGCGUCUCAAAUCAUCUCCAAGUUCCCCAUCUACAACCCGUACGGGAUCAAUGAUCGUCACUCGAUGCAGCUCUCCGCCCUGGCUGCCGACGGCAGCUCCGACAGCCCUAUCGCGCUACCUUACCCUAUAGACUCGCCGAAAAAUCACGUUCCGCAGCGGUUCCAGAACGAAAUCGAAGACCUGGACCAGAUGUACGAGAUCGCUGAUACAGGCAGUUUCCUCGGGUCAGGCGGCUCGUCGACCAUCCGCAAAGUGCAACGAAAAGCCGACAAGAAGGUAGUCGCGCUCAAAAUCUUCAACGUGUUCAAAGACGAGGCCCCCGGCUCGUACUACCGCAGAGUUGCUCACGAGUACAUCAUCACAAAAAGCUUAGCACAUGUUCACGUAAUCACGGUGUACGAACUUGUCCGAUUGCCGGCGAUUCUGUCCCGGCACUGGGGGAUGGUCAUGGAGUACUAUCCGCACGAUCUGUACAACGUUCUGCGCCAGCCGCACUGGCAGGCCAUAACUCUUGGCGAAAAACUGUGCUACUUCAAACAGGUGGUUUUUGGGCUCUACCACUUGCAUUUGCACGACAUCGUGCAUCUGGACCUCAAGCCGGGCAACAUCCUCGUCGAGCACGGCGUGCUCAAGAUCACAGACUUUGGCUGUGGCGACUACGGCCACGUUCGUCCGGGGAGGUUUGAGUCUGGUGUACGGAUGUGCGAUAAGAUUCUGGGCACGCCUCCGUUCCAGAGUCCGGAGGUUACGAUGCUGCGCAAUGCGAAGGGCCAGUACGACCCGUUCAAGUCUGACUGCUGGUCGUUGGGGAUGAUGCUGUUUGCGAUCGUGAAAGGCCGGGUCCCGUUCAAGGAGGCCCAGCGGCUUGACAAGGACUACGCUGAUUACGAGCACGAGUCGCGGUGGUACAAGGAUCUCAACCCGUCUUUUGUGCACAACGACGCGCUGAAAGUUCCUAACAGAGGCCCGCUGGCACGCGAGUUGCCGCACGGGCAGCUGACGCGUCUUUUUUGGAGACUGUGCGAUCCGGUGGCUGCCACGCGAAUGAGUAUGAAAGAAGUUUUUGCGAGCGACUAUUUCCAGAAAAUAGCAAUGUGUUUCAAAGAGGAGACGCACGGCGACGGCGUGAGCAUUUUGGACGAGACGGGCACGGUGAUCGAGAGCUCGGGGCGCGGGGUUGUGGCCAAUGUGCACGACGUGCACCUGGCGAUUGGGUGCCGCAUGGAGAAGCAUCUCCACGAUAUCUAG